AUGGCGGACAAGGUAACUGACCAUGUCCAAACUACAGGUAGCGAGAGCGGUGAUCAAGAAGACAAAAGCUCCAUCCAGAUUCUCCGGCUCGACGAAGAAUUGCAAUUUGCAGACGGUGGUGCAAAAGCAUACUCAGUGGUAGCAGGAUGCUGUAUGGGACUUGUUUCCGUUUUUGGAAUGCUUAACUCGGUAGGUGCGAUCCAGACCUACAUUUCUACACACCAGCUUAUAUCUGUCAAGCCAUCGACUAUUUCUUGGAUCUUCGCACUCUACAUUUUUGCCAUUUAUGCCUCUAGUAUAUUUUGCGGCUGUUAUUUUGACAGAAACGGGUGCAAAGCUGCUAAGUAUGUGGGAUAUGUGCUCUCAGUUGUGGGCGCUUUCUGCUUAGCCGAAUGCGAGCAAGUCUACCAGUUCAUCAUAUGCCUUAGUCUCUUGUACGGUGUUGGUUCCGGUGUUUUGAUGACUUGCUAUGUUUCCAGCGUUGCUACUUGGUUCAAAGAGAAGCGAGCACAUGCUCAAUCGAUUGCUAGCAUAGGUGGGUCUUUGGGAGGAAUCAUAUUUCCCGUGAUGCUUCGAAAGCUGUAUUCACAAGUAGGCUACAAAUGGGCCAUCAGAAUUCUGGCUUUCAUUUUAACGGCCUGUUUAACCCCAUCGGUGGUACUUGCGCAGGAAAAUGCCGCCGUGAUGAAGUAUCAGACAAAGAAGCUACGAUGGGGCGAAACAGCCCGCAUAUACUGCAAAUACAGUGUCGAUUUGAGGUUUUUGAAAGAUUGGAAAUUUCUGUUUUGCGCGUUAGGCUGUUGUUUUGCAGAAAACGGGCUCAUGGUUACUGCGACCUACUUCCCAACGUACGCGAUUGCCACCGGAGUUUCAGAAACUACAUCGUAUACUCUAAUUACCGUCAUGAACACUGCUGGAAUUCUAGGCCGGGCCUCUGGUUACAUAGCCGAUCGUUUCACUGGCAGAAUCAUGAUCCUAAUGAUCUGUCUAUCUAUCAUGACACUCUUAUCGCUAGUGAUGUGGCUUCCCUUUGGCCAUAGCCUCAAAGUCUUAUAUGCUUUUUCUGCGCUCUACGGCGUGGUGUGUUCCUCCAUCCUUUCCCUAGUGCCCGUGGCCAUAGGUCAAGUUUGUAAAAUUGAAGAAUUCGGAAGGAAAUACAGCAUGAUGUAUUUUAUGACAGCACUGACAAGUUUAGCCGUUUUACCCAUCGCUGGUGUUAUUAUUGGUACCGGAACAACGAAAAGCUAUAACAAUUUCAUUAUUUACUGUUCGAUGCUGACAUUAGCAGGCUCUGCCUGUUACGGUAUAACUCGCUACUGUGCCAUUGGCGUGAGAAAAAUAAAGUUCUAA